AAUGCGGUGCCCCUUGUCCUCUCCGUCCGCGUCUUGCUGAGGAAGAAGCCGAGCUACCGGCGCGGCAGUUUGCAGCGGAGUUGGAGGGAGCGCCGCCGCCGCGGCCCGCCGGAGAUCAUGGACUCGUUCUCGUCGCCGUCGUCGGCCGGGUCGACUGCGUCCACGGAGCAUCUCAUGGAACAGAUCAAGGCCCAGCUCGCGCAGGCCUACGCGCAGGAGUUCCUCGAGACUGUUGGAAACAAAUGCUUUGCAAAGUGUGUCACUAAACCUGGAACAAGCCUGAGUGGAAGUGAGAGUAGUUGCAUAUCACGAUGUAUUGAUCGGUACAUCGAGGCAACUGGUAUUGUCAGCCGUGCUUUGUUCAGUAUGCAGCGCUAGGAAGCCUUCAGGGACCUGUCGGAGUAUGGCAUCCAUAUUUUGGCCCUUUUUUUAUUUCUUGUGCCAUUUGUUUUGUAAGAAAGAGCUGUGAUCUUCUCCAGAUAAACCUUAAAUGUGCAAUAUUUUUGUUCUUAAUGCAGUUCAUGGAUUCUUCAAUCUUCUCCUUUUGAUUUGAUGGAAAAUUGCACCGAUGGAUUUGUUUGCAGCCUAUCAUGUACCAUCGUGGUUUGCAGCACAAGUUCCCUGCAGACCCAGCUUGAAAUUUGGGUUAACAAUGGCACAGCUUCCCUGAAACUUGUCUGGACAAAUAACCUGUGUUCAGAUAAUUGUGCAUAUGGCUGUCCUACGCCCUUAACCUUUCUGAUGAAUACUGCAAGUGUCUGUACUUCUUGUUUGUAAAGUUUACAGCAGCUGCCUUCUCCGAGGAAUUGUUGCGAUGCAUAGCCUAUUCACCAAUUCAUAGGGAAGAUCUUGGGAAACAUAAAGAUAAAGAUUAUCACGGUAAGUACAUCGUUGCGCUCCACAGAGCAAGUCGCA